AUGCUCCUGUUUCCUCGGCCUGAAGACAUGAAAGACAUCUAUCGGGACCCCAACUGCAACACCAAAGCUGAGUUCUAUGGGACUGGGGCGCUUGGCCCACCGAGUCUGUUCACCACCCUGGAUGGGGAGAGGCACAGAAAGCUGCGGAAAGCUCUCGGAGGCUCACAGUGGACUAUUGGGUCCCUCAAGAACACGUGGGAGCCGCGCAUUGAUGAGCUGAUCGUACUCUUCACCGAGAAAAUGUCCGACUCCGCCGAGAACCAGCAAGAGAUCGUCCUUUGUGACAAAGUCGCCGAGUUUGCUGCUGAUGUACUCACCAUGAUGGCCUUCACGGAGCCCUGGGGCUUCGUUCGACAUGGGCGCGAUGAGCGGGAUUUCCUCAGAUCGUGGCGCGCGGGACUCAACUACUUCGGGCUUGCUGGCCGAUGGAAGUCCUUCUGCGACCAUAUCCUCAAAAGCCCUACCCUUUCGCCGUACUUCUUACCAAGCACCAGGGACACGCAUGGCAUGGGGUAUUUAGCCUUUCACGCUGACCAGCAGGUAUCGCAGCGGGAGAAGGAGAUGGAGCAGUCGAACGGCAACUUCACCAUGAAGAAUCCAGAUCUUCUUCAGUACUGCCUUGAUGCUCGCUACUCAGAUGGCUCUCCGCUCACUCCCGUCGAGAGACGCGCCCACGUAACCCUCCUGAUCCAAGCCGGAGCCGACUCAACAGGCACCGGCCUUGGGAGCACCUUGAGGUUCCUGCUCACGCACCCUUCCAGCAUGCAGAGAGCUCGUUCGGAAAUCGAAUCAGCAGAGAAAGCCAGCAAGCUCAGCCGUCCCAUACGGUACGAAGAAUCGCGCAAGCACCUCCCCUACUUCGGCGCGUGCAUCAAGGAAUCCCUCAGGCUUAACCCACCUGCUCCCAACUUAUUCGCGCGAGUCACACCCGCAGGAGGGAAGCGGGUAGGCGGUGUCUCUGUCCCCGCUGGCGCAGAGAUUACCACGAACGCCUUUGUGGUCCAGCGAGACCCGGAGCUGUAUGGGCCUGACCCUGAAGCAUUCCGCCCGGAAAGAUGGCUUGAUCCUGGCCGUGAGGGGGAGAUGGAUGCUGCUACGUUCAUUUUCGGCAUGGGGCCUCGCGUUUGUCUUGGGAAAGACGUGGCUUACAUGGAAAUUUGGAAGUUGCUUCCGGAGAUAAUUCGCAACCUCGACUUGGAGCUCACCAUCGUAACGUUGCGGGCGCUGUUGAUGCAGGCGAAAGCACUCGGCGCCGUCUUGUACCCCUUUAACCGACACCUCAUGCUUCUGACGUAUCAAGCCGUCUAA